UGCUCUACGGGCUCGGAGGAUUAGGGUUCGUAUUAGGCUGUUGCGGCUUCUUCUUCACUGGUCGUCGUUGCUGCUACACCCACCUGAAGAUCCCUAACCAUGGCCGUUGGGAAGAACAAGAGGAUCUCCAAGGGUAGGAAAGGAGGAAAGAAGAAAGUGGUUGAUCCUUUCUCUAAGAAGGAUUGGUAUGACAUUAAGGCACCCUCAGUCUUCAGCGUAAGGAAUGUCGGGAAAACCCUUGUUUCUAGAACGCAGGGUACCAAGAUAGCCUCUGAAGGGCUGAAGCAUAGGGUUUUUGAGAUCUCUCUUGCUGAUCUUCAAGGUGAUGAGGAUAAUGCUUACAGGAAGAUCCGUCUAAGAGCCGAGGAUGUUCAGGGUAGGAACGUGCUCACUAACUUCUGGGGCAUGGAUUUCACGACGGACAAGCUCAGGUCCUUGGUCAAAAAGUGGCAGACUCUGAUCGAAGCCCACAUUGAUGUCAAAACCACUGACAACUACACGCUCAGGUUGUUCUGCAUUGCUUUCACCAAGAGACGUGCCAACCAGGUCAAGCGUACUUGCUAUGCACAGUCCAGCCAGAUCCGUCAGAUCCGAAGGAAGAUGAGGGAAAUAAUGGCGAAGGAAGCUUCAUCAUGUGACCUCAAGGAGCUUGUUGCAAAGUUCAUUCCGGAGGCAAUUGGCAGAGAGAUCGAGAAAGCAACACAGAGCAUCUACCCGUUGCAAAACGUUUUCAUCCGUAAAGUCAAGAUCCUCAAGGCUCCCAAAUUCGACCUCGGCAAGCUCAUGGAGGUUCACGGCGAUUACUCAGCUGAGGAUGUCGGGGUGAAGGUGGAUAGGCCGACCGAUGAGAUUAUGGCCGAUGAACCAACAGAAGUCAUCGGGGCUUAGAAGAUACGGGACUGCUUUUUCUUAUCUCUCUGCAGGAAUGUAAUGUUUCAUUGUUUUGUCUCGCAAUAGUUUUUUUUUUUUUGGUCCGGAUUUUGGUUAACAGUAACAGAGAUUCUCCAGGACAUUAGCCUCGGUGUGUUUUUAUACACAAGUUCACAUCCUCGUUUUGUUCUGUCUCCGUUAUUCAAA